CCUUCGACAUUGCCUUUCACCUCCUCCAUAUAUUACUCUCCCCUCUCCUUUUUAUUCCCUCACAAGUCUCUCCAAACUUAACCAAAUUCAGCUACCAAACCACACCAUACUAAGCCAAACAACAACAAAAACAUAGAAAAAAACUCUCUAAAUUUACUUCUUUUUCCCCUCCUUUUCAUCGCCUUCUUGCUAAAUCAUCAAGAAUUGUGUACAAUUCAAUUCUUGAUAAUUUACAGAGAAAAUGGAGUCUACACCAGAAAAACUUUCUCCUUUUGAUUUUAUGGCAGCAAUCUUUAAAGGAGGAAAGAUAUUCGAUCAGCUAAACAAGUCAUCGGAUUCAAGUUCGUCGGCUUCAUUGACAACUUUGUUAAUGGAGAACAAAGAUUUGAUGAUGAUAUUGACAACAUCAGUGGCUGUUUUAAUCGGAUGUGCAGUUGUCUUAAUAUGGCGGCGCUCCACCUCGACAUCUGCUAAGAAGGUUGUGGACCCACCUAAGUUGGUUGUUCCUAAGUCGGUUAAAGAAACUGAAGAGAUUGAUGAUGGCAAGAAGAAAAUUACCAUCUUUUUUGGAACACAGACUGGUACAGCUGAAGGCUUCGCUAAGGCACUUGCUGAGGAAGCGAAGGCCAGAUAUGACAAGGCUACCUUUAAAGUGGUUGAUAUGGAUGAUUAUGCGGCUGAUGAUGAAGAGUAUGAAGAGAAAUUGAAGAAAGAAGCAUUUGCAUUCUUUUUCUUGGCGACAUAUGGAGAUGGUGAACCAACUGAUAACGCUGCCAGAUUCUAUAAAUGGUUUGUAGAGGGAAAAGAGAGGGGUGACUACUUUAAAAAUCUUCAGUAUGGAGUAUUUGGGCUUGGAAACAGACAAUACGAGCAUUUCAACAAGAUUGCUAAAGUUGUGGAUGAACUUCUGGCUGAGCAAGGUGGAAAGAGGCUGGUUCCAGUGGGUCUUGGAGACGAUGACCAAUGCAUUGAAGAUGAUUUUUCUGCAUGGCGUGAUUUAGUGUGGCCUGAAUUGGAUAAGGUGCUUCUUGAUGGGGAUGAUGCAACUGCUGCAACUCCAUAUACUGCUGCAGUUUUGGAAUAUAGGGUUGUUAUCCAUGAAAAGUCAAGCUUUGACAACGACUUGACUAACGCAAAUGGUCAUUCAAAUGGACAUGUCGUCGUUGAUGCUCAACAUCCUUGCAGAGCUAAUGUCGCUGUAAGGAAGGAGCUUCAUACUCCUGCUUCUGAUCGUUCUUGUACUCAUCUGGAGUUUGACAUUUCUGGCACCGGACUUGCGUAUGAAACUGGUGAUCAUGUUGGUGUGUACUGUGAAAAUUUUAUUGAAACCGUGGAGGAAGCUGAAAGGUUACUAAACAUAUCACCGGACACUUUCUUUUCCAUUCACACUGAUAAAGAGGAUGGCACACCACUUGGUGGAAGCUCAUUACCAUCUCCCUUCCCUCCUUGCACUUUGAGAACAGCAUUGACUCGGUAUGCUGAUCUUUUGAGUUCUCCUAAAAAGUCUGCUUUACUUGCUUUAGCCGCAUGUGCUUCUGAUCCAAAUGAAGCUGAUCGAUUAAGAAAUCUCGCGUCACCUGCUGGAAAGGAAGAAUAUGCUCAGUGGAUAGUUGCAAUUCAGAGAAGCCUUCUUGAAGUCAUGGCUGAAUUUCCUUCAGCCAAGCCUUCAGUCGGUGUUUUCUUUGCUUCUGUUGCUCCUCGCCUACAACCGAGAUUCUACUCCAUCUCAUCAUCUCCUAGGAUGGCACCAUCGAGAAUUCAUGUUACUUGUGCACUGGUUUACGACAAAAUGCCAACUGGACGAAUUCACAAGGGCGUCUGCUCAACAUGGAUGAAGAAUGCUAUUCCUCUACAAGAAAACCUUUCCUGCAGUACAGCACCUAUUUUUGUUCGACAAUCAAACUUUAAACUGCCAGCUGAUAACAAGGUUCCAAUCAUAAUGAUUGGCCCUGGCACUGGGUUGGCACCAUUUAGGGGUUUCCUCCAGGAAAGAUUAGCUUUGAAGAAGGAAGGAGCUGAGCUUGGUCCUGCUGUGCUAUUUUUUGGAUGCAGGAACCGCCAAAUGGACUACAUCUAUCAAGAUGAGUUAGACAAUUUCCUCGAGGCCGGUGCACUUUCUGAGCUAGUUGUUGCUUUCUCCCGUGAAGGACCUAACAAAGAAUACGUACAACAUAAGAUGACAGAGAAGGCUGCGGACAUCUGGAACCUGAUUUCUCAAGGAGGAUACGUAUAUGUCUGCGGUGAUGCUAAAGGCAUGGCUAGGGAUGUCCACCGGACUCUUCACACUAUUGCACAGGAUCAGGGAUCACUUGACAGCACCAAGGCUGAGGGCUUGGUGAAGAACUUGCAAACGACUGGAAGGUACCUGCGUGAUGUAUGGUGAUCGUCUCAUGGAUAUUACCUAUAUAUUAUGCAAGCCUAUUGUGAUUAGAGAAAUAUAUAGGAAAGGCGACAUGCAAAGAACAAUCAGCCUUUCUCAAUACGGAAAAGAAGUGUACGACUUCGUCGUCACAGCUCCAUGAUUGUAUGAUUCUUUUUUACUCUUGGAUGAAGGAUUUUUUGGUUCGUGUUAAUUCAUAUAUACAAUAGUAAGACCAAUAAUUAUGUUAGUAUUAAUUUUAGGCAAUAUUUAUUAUAGAGCUUGUAACUUCCCUACUGAACUAGCAAGAUGGUUCAGACUUCAGACGACAUUGUAUGCUGUUGAUUUUUGACAUUGAUUAAGAUCCAUCUUAAACAAAUGUUAAUUUCAACUUCCAAA